AUGGUUGUUGUCGUUCUUGUACUGAUUGCUGUCCUGUUUAUUACAUGCGUGCAUGGAAUAGUCUCGUCCCCAAAUGCACUUCUGCUGCCGGCUACUUCUGCCUCACCACAGGACGAUGAUGAUUCACUGGACACAGAUGGAUUUCAAGAGCAGUUUCUACUGGAAACUCCACCACCAGCAACUGAAGAGACCCUCAGGGGUAGAAGGGAAGAGAGAAUUGGAACGAAGAUGACUAUAUAUGCCCAUCAGAGAACAUCGUCUGAUGUGACGGUGGUGGAGUUGGAAGAGAGGAAGGAGCUGGCUUCUGCUGAGAAAAGUGACUUGGGCGAAGAUGAAGACUUAACAGAGACAGUGUCCAGCCGCAGUGAAGUCACCACAGAUAUUGAGGAAGCAAGUGAUGCAAGUAUCGAUCUGAGUGACACAGAAUUCCGAAUACGCCCAGACCGAUUGACAAUUCACAGUGCAGUCAGAUCUCCCGAAGAGGAGAAGGGCGAAAAGGAUUCUAAACGAGCAGAGAAUAUAAAAUUUCAAGAUGAAUGUAUGGAUAAAGGAAUACCCGCUCGUCCUGUAGAGAGAUUAUCAGGAGGAGUAGGUGAAAACAAGGAAUUGCCUAGAAAAGAGAGACGAGACAAAGUUGAGACAAACGAAGCAGGUGUGGAGUCUCGGGAAUGUCAGGGCAAGAAGCAAGGAUUUGGUAAAAGGGAUGAAUCAGGCGGCAGAUUGCACGGCAGUGGGGAUGCCAACAGGCACAUAGAUUGUGGCACAAGUCCUAUAGAUGGAAAAGCUGUUUCCAGUCCUAACCCGGGUUCUUCUCCUCCGGAACCGUCACCUCUACCCGCUGGCGGAGGGCGGGCAAAUCUUCCGCCGCCAACAUUGGAGCUUGUGAUCGGGCGUAAGGAGGUGCGCACAAAGGAGGCUAGCGCCACAGCUGAGAGUCGCCUGACGCUGUACGGGGCAAGGGACGUAGAAAUAUCAAUCCGUUCACAGUCCCACAUCAGUGUCACCACAACUCGCCGGGAGGCGAAUGGGCGGGAGACCUCAGAGCGCGUGGACGUAGGGAUGACCGCAACCGCAGGAACUGGAGGCUCUACCAAAGUCCCUCGUGCAGCAGACCUGAGCCCGGAGGUAACGGAAGAUUCGGUAGGGGAACGCCGGUAUAUUAUUCCUCCCCCGCCGUCAGAAGGAGACGAACCGCAGCAGACCGAUUUGACAAAGGAACGCAAGCGAGAGGAGACUGUGAUAUUCAGCGGAAAGAAAAGUGUGUACCGCUACGAGUCGCUCGAGGCGGCCGGCACGCCGGCAUUUGAAAGCCCUACGACGGAGGAAAGCGCGUCACACCACAUUACUGAUACCGGCAUUAGCCUUACUCGCGAAACAACUGACACAAUCACGAGCCCCGCUCGGAGACCUCCAGGCGAGAUAUGCAUUGACGAUCGCGGCGUUCUGUCCGACACGGCUGUUGACGUGGGUGCAGAAGAGGCGGAACUUACUGAUGCUGGUCUGAGCCCCAUUCAAGCAGAUGACGUGGGGAUCGGACUACCUAGCACCGAGAUAAUGCUUCUGGAGGAGGAAAUUGUAGUGGCUCACUACUGUGAUGCAGCGAGUAGUCCCGUUGAAUUUCAGCAGGUCGAGACCACAUCUGUGGCUCUCUCUCCGUUACAAAUUGAUACGUCAGAAGCCGGAAUCUCAACAGACAAGGUAGAUACUCGCGAUGCGAGUGUCAGUCCUUUACACCCCGAAGGCGAGAGUCCAUCCACACAAGAACGGGCAGACGAUGAAGUUAUGCGAGUAAGACGGGAUUCCGGUGACGUAAGGGCACUUAUAAGACUUCUUGAGGAAGGGACGCAGCAAAGGACACAGCACAUCUCUGCGAAGGAAGCAAAGAAGUCUAAGGAUGAUCCUUUUUACGACACUGAUGAAAUCGUAGAGAGAAUACCACCAGCACAACCUAAACAUAAAAUAACGAGUGAAGAACCUCUGUUGAUUAAAGAAGAGGAUCGAGUAAGCGACAGAAUUUCUGUAGAAGUUGAAGAAAAAGACACAUACCCUCACAUCUCUCAGGUUAUAGAAACCAUUGAGAAACGUAUAGCGACAGAGGGACAAAUGAAACCAGUAACAGCCAAGUUUGCUACUGGCGUCGAAGUAGAGGAAUCAGUAAAACCAUCCCUGGUGGAGGAACGCCUCACACAGUUAGUAAAGGCUGAAGAACAAGUGCUGAAGAAGAUCGAAGAAGUCAUAACGUUUGUCGAAGAAUCGUCGAACAGGCAAGAAUUCUUUGCGCACUUGGAACAAUCGAAAGAAAUUGACUCAAAGAAAAUUCACACCGAAGAGCCUUACGUAUUGCCAGAUACAAAGGAUGCUAGAGAAGGACAUGACAUUCAUUUUGCAGAUGACCAAGAACAAGAAGACGGAAGGAAAACAAUAACGUUAGAACGGCACAUUCAACAUGAAAGCGAGAAGAGAUUGAAACGAAGUAGAAAAGAAUUAGAAGCGGUAGACACUGAAUUAAGUCUUAAGGAAACUGCAGGAUUGAAACAGCCUUUACCAUCAGAUGAUACUAAAAGAAGCCUCAUAUCUCACAAAAUGAAGCUGGAGAGUGAACCAACUUCAGAAUCAAGGAUUUUCCAAAUGGUACUAGAAGAGAAGACCGAGACUGAAGUAAGGUCAGAGAAAUCUAUACGUGAAACGUUUGAGGUCGUCGAAGAUAAAAUAAGAUAUCAACCAGAAAGGGGUGACGAACAGGACGAACAUAUAGAAUUAAGAGAAGUAUUACUACCUCCAAUAGUCGAUAUAUUAAAACAACCGACCAAAGAAAUUCGACUUGACGAAAUACCAGCUGAAGAAGAUCAACUGACUGCUGCAAAAGAAACUCCUCUGGCUGAAAUAUUGAUUCAUGAAGAGGCGGUGUUUCCUUCUAGUUCAAAGGACCUUGAAUCUGAAGUAGACGUCCUUCUUGACAAAAGAUCAGCAGUCAUGGAACCACGUGCUGCAACCGACGGGGAGGACUUAGUUAUGAAGCAAGAGGUCAUUGUAGAAGAAGAUGAGUUAGUCGGUAGAUUGAUUUCGGGAAAGCAUUCAGACGAGAAGGAAGAAAUGAAGCUUCUGGAAGAGGACAUAGUGGUGGAGAAAACAGAUACUGUGGAGCAAACGCUAAUUGAAAUGACAAUUAUAAAAACCGAGGCAUACAAAUUGCACCCUACGUUACUCCACCAGAAAGAGUAUCGGCCGGAGGAACCAGAGGAGUCAGUGACCGAAUUGAAAGUGGCGACGGUUGACACAAUUUCGAAGGAUCAAGAAAUUAAAACUGUUGAAGCAAAGGAACAACAAGAGCCUAUUGAAAAAUCUCUCGUAACAAAAGACAGUGACUAUGAGUUGAAUGUUGAAGUGUUAAAAAAGGAAACAGAAGACCGGCCUACACCAAGAGAAACGAUGGCUGUUAGACAGGUACUUAUUGAUGAACUAAGUAAGGUGGAUUCCCUUGAGGAAGAGGAUUCUGCGAAACAUCGCACCGUAGAGGAGGAAACAUUGACAAGUAGGGACAUUUUACCCAAACCCGAAGACGAACAGAAAGUAGAUGAGGUCCCAUUAACAGAGGCGGCGCCUACGAUAUCUGUGCCUCUCAAACAUACUCCCGAGGAUGUGACGUCAGUGGAGGAGGAAGGCUUUGCGGAGAGGACCGAUAUCGCAUUUCCUGUAACGGUGCAACUAACAGAAGCGAGUGUGACAGGGGAAUCAGUCGUUGAAGUAGAAAGGCUAACUGCGGACAAAGAAGAAAUUUAUGAUAUUUUAGCUAAACGCGAGGUCUCGGAGGAAAGAGAAUUGUUUGGAAGGGAGGUUGGUAUUAAAUCCGGAAUUGUAGUUGAAACGGUCGAAAGCUCUGUCGAUGUUAUAGAAGCUACAACUGAUGGGUCCACAGUGCUGACUACAAAGGUGAUUUUAGAAGGAAGAAUGGUGGAGGAGGGUGAUGAUGUGACGAAGACAGCGUCCAAAGAUCUCGAAACAGAAGAGGAUGGUACUGCUGAAAAGGAAACUAAGGAUACGGCAAUUGCAGACGAAAUUAGUGAACCUCUUCCAGACGUCGGUUUACUUAUUAAAGAGGAUGUGGUAAUUGACGAAUUGGAUACGGGAGUAGAAAGUGUGGUAGAACGGGGACAAGUUAGAGGUGAUGAUGUAUCUGAUGUUACCAUACCUGAAGUAAAAGUAGUUGACUCAAUAUCAGACGCCGUAACGUCUGAUAGCGCCGAGACGUAUCCCGAAGUUGUCGAACCUCGAGAGACUAAACCUGCGGACACUGAAACUGUGCAUACAGAGGCCGCUGCCGCAUCUCCAGAAUCAGUUACCGAAGCCAUUUUAGUGACAGUUCACCUGGAUUGGAAGCUACCCGACCAAUCACAGGAAAUUUUUCCGGCUAAAGAUACUGAAGGGGAACUUGAUUUGGAAAUACCUGAGCACGUAUCUCCACCAAGUUCACCUGGAUUGGAAGCUACCCGACCAAUCACAGACGAGGAGCCGCGUCCUGUGUCGGUGACUGAGGACAUUCCUCCUGAGCCUGCGCCGUCAAUAGAUCCGGAAGUUACUGCAGACAAGAGCGGCAUCGCGAAGACCGUGUUAUUGGAGUCAGUGGAAUCCACUGUGACCAAAGUAUCAGUCGUGACUUCGAAGACCGUGUUAUUGGAGUCUGUGGAAUCCACUGUGACCAAAGUAUCAGACGUGGUAACAAAGGAAUCUGUUGUUGACGAUGUAACUGAAGGGGAUAGACUUGACAGAAGCGAAGUUGUUGAAGAGGCAUUAGUUGUUGCGAGUGAAUUGGAAAUUAAAAAGGGACCGAAAGGGACACCUGAGUAUUCCCCUGUGGGUGGUAUAGAACCUGUCUUUGAUGUCUCAACUGAAAGGCUUCCGGAAGGUAUCACGGGAGGUGAAACGAUCGAUGGCAUUGUUGAGAUAUGCCCCGUGUCUAAAGAACUCGAAAGCAAAGCAGAAACAAUUAUUGAAGUCAGUAAAACAGACGAGGCAGCAACGGCUGUGAUAUCUCUUGAUUCAGAAAGAGAUGACUUUGUUUCUAGAGAAAAGGUGGAUUUCCUUGAGAAAGAGGAUUCUGCGAAACAUCGCACCCUAGAGGAGGAAACAUUGACAAUUAGGGACAUUUUACCGAAACCCGAAGACGAACAGAAAGUGGAUGAGGUCCCAUUAAUAGAGGCGGCGCCUACGAUAUCUGUGCCUCUCAAACAUACUCCAGAGGAUGUGACGUCAGUGGAGCAGGAAGGCUUUGCGGAGAGCACCGAUAUCUCAUUUCCUGUAACCGUGCAA